UUUAUGUGUGUUUGCAAUAGCUUGCUCUGUGUAUAACUGAAUUGAACUGUGCAUUGAUAAGCACUGUUUCAGGUUUCUACCUACAUAACAUAAGCAAAAUGGUGAACUGUGGCCUAUUGACACACAAUAAUGAACCAGUUCCACUGAAGCACAUCGAGGUGGAUUUGCAGGUACAAGGUCAUGCAGCAACAGUGACUUCCACCCUCAAGUAUAUAAAUGAGGAAGAGUGCCCCCUGGAGGCUGUGUUUGUCUUCCCCAUGCCUUCAGGAGCUGCUGUCUGCCAUUUCAGUGUCAAGAUUGCAGAUCAGGAGAUAGUGGCUGAGCUGCAGGAGAAACAGGAGGCGCGGGAGCAGUACGAUGAUGCACUGAGUUCAGGUCAACAGGCUUUCCUGCUGGAGGAGAGUGAGGAGUCUGUGGAUGUGUUCAGGCUGAGUGUGGGGUCUCUGCCUCCACACCAGAGUGCAGCCGUCACCUUCAUCUAUAUCAUUGAGCUGAGUGUGCAGGCUGAUCAUUCACUGCAAUUCUGCCUGCCUGCAGUGCUCAAUCCUCGUUACUCACCAGCCGGUACAGGUGGUGGUAUAGUGUCAGAGAUAAUAUCAAGUUCCACUGGUGUUCCCUAUUCUCUUUCUUUUAUUGCACAUGUGAGCUCUCCAAACCCCAUCACUAAAGUGGAGUCCAAGUGUCCUCUAGAGCCCCUGACAUUCCUCAACACAGAGCACACAAAGGCAAAGGUAAGCCUUACCACAGGUCAUAAGUUUGACAGAGAUGUUGAGCUGUAUGUAUAUUAUCAGAAUCCCCAUCAGCUCACUGCUAUAGUGGAGGCUGGAGCACCGACAGCACAGCCAGGUACUCUAAUGGGAGACGCUGCAGUCAUGCUUAGUUUUUAUCCUGAGUUCCCUGAGUCAGUCAUGUCCUCCACAUCAUCAUGUGGUGAGUUUGUGUUUGUUAUGGACAGAUCUGGUAGUAUGGCCUGCAGAAUGCAUAACGGACCACAUGUCCAACAACGCAUCAUGUGUGCCAGGGACACUCUGCUCCUGCUGCUGAAGAGUCUUCCCAUGGGCUGUUACUUCAACAUCUAUGGCUUUGGCUCUCACUUUGAAUCAUUCUUCCCGAAAAGUCUGCAGUACAGUCAGGACACUAUGGACCAGGCUGUGAAAAAGGUAAAUGAGAUGCAAGCAAACAUGGGGGGCACAGAGAUUCUGCGACCUCUGGAACACAUUUACAAGCAGCCGUGCAUCCCCAACCACCCAAGACAGCUGUUUAUAUUUACAGAUGGUGAAGUAGGAAAUACCAGAGCUGUUCUUCACUGUGUGAGAAACAAUGCUGAUUUUCACAGAUGUUUCUCAUUUGGGAUUGGUGAAGGAGCAAGUUCUGCACUCAUUACAGGGUUGGCUGAGAAUGGCUCUGGCCACGCCCAAUUCAUCACAGGAACGGAACGCAUGCAGGCCAAAGUAAUGCAGUCUCUUCGCUAUGCUUUACAACCAGCAGUAACUAAUAUCACUGAGGAUUGGACUGGUUUGUCCUUCAUCCGUCUGAGCCCCCCGAUUAAAACACUUUUCCAUGGGCAAAGAGCACUGAUUUAUGCUCAGUUAAAAGGAGAGGAUUGUAAAAAACCAAAUGCUAUGGGGAAAAUAACAGUGCAGUACCUAAUAGGAGAUCUGGAGGUCUCAAACACUGUCCACUUCUCCAUGAAGCCUUCAGAGGACAGCGGACUGGCCAUCCACAGGUUGGGUGCUCGCUCUCUGGUCCGCUCGCUGGAAAGGGAAGAGCAGGAUGAUGGAACUAAUAAAGAGGCUCUAAAGGCCAGAGUAGUGGAACUGAGUAAACAGUCUGGAGUAAGCAGCUCACACACUGCCUUCAUAGCUGUCAAUAAGGGCAGUGGACAAGCUGUGAAAGGACCAGUGGUGACCAGGAGAGUUCCUAUAAGUCAGUAUUUUUUUUUUUCUGUGUGUCAAUUCACCCAACCAGAAUUUAUAUUGUUAAUGUAUAUUUGCAGUACUAUGAGAAAUAAUAAGGGCAGCAUUCACAGCUUUGGAGUCUUUUAUGCAUAAACAUCUAAAACAGGACAUAUAGAAAACUCACAUAAUAAAAACUAACAUGUUUUACUA